AUGGAGACUGUUGGCAUAUUGGUAUUCUACAACGGAAGCUGGGUUCACAAGGAUAAGAUUGAGAGUUAUGAAGGUGGCGAGGCUAAAGGCGUAAUAGUAUCACGGAACAUAACCUUUUCUGAGCUUGUUGACCGCAUUUAUAAGAUCACGAAUGCAGAUCUCAACAAAUAUUGUGUCACACUAAAGUAUUCAGUUCCUCUAUCAUCAUCUACCUAUAAGCACCUAAAGGUUGAAGACAAUGAUGACGUUCAAUAUUUUCUAAAGUACAACAUGGGCGUUAUGACCUCUAAAGUAACCCCUUUAUUAGCAACCCUCAAAAUUAUAGAAGGACAUGGUAUUUAUGGCUGCAAUGGCAUUGUAAGCAUUGGGAGUAGCAAUGCUCCCCCUGCAAUUGUUGUGAGAGAUAUGAAUGAGGUAAUUGGGGAUAGCGGAACUGAAAAUGGUGUAACUGGUUUUAAUUGGAAAGAUUGGGUUGAAGAUGUUAAUUUUGAAUGUGUUGAAAACAUAGUCGCAGAUUUUUGUGUACCUAGGAAUGAAGAGGAAGCGUACUCUACACCAAACGGGCAUCCUCAUCGAGAAAGCAAUUUCCAAACCUCCAUGGUGCAGGUUACACAAGUGCAAUCUGAAACUCCGCAACAAUCAAGUUGGACUCAAAUGCAUACAAGCCAGGUUCACUUGGUGCAUGGUAAAAGUGUGGAAGAUAUUGAUUAUGGAUUGCUGUCCGACAGUGUGAAUUGGAGAUUGAAGGAUUCAGGCACCAUUUAUACUCUAGCUGAUAUCAAGAAAGAUGUCAAAACAAAUUUUGGGGUGACCAUAGGCUAUGCUACAGCAUGGAGAAGCCGAGAGUUAGGUUUCAAAACAAUUAGAGGGUCUGCAGAACAGUCAUAUUCCCUUCUCCUUUCAGGAUUUAAGUCCUUAAUGCGUCCUGUGAUUGCUGUUGAUGCUACCCAUUUGAAGUGCAAGUACAAAGGUGUUUUGUUUGUUGCCACCGCAUUUGACGGAAUCCAUAGAAAUGGGUUGAAAAGAGCUUUUCCUAAGGCAGCACAUGGUGUUUGCUUUUAUCACUUGAAGGGCAAUAUGAAAGCCUCAUUUAAGUUGAAGAAGCAGGAUCCAAUAUUGGGGUUUUUUGUGCAGGCAGCUAAGUCUUACCGUCUAGCAGAGUUCAAUCGUUAUUUCUCCAUGAUAAACAACAAGCGAGUGCAAACUUAUCUAGUACGUGCAGGGCUCCAUAAGUGGUCUCGAGCCCAUUGUGACGGACAACGAUAUAAUGUCAUGACAACUAAUAUUGCAGAGUCCAUUAAUUCAGUUCUUCGUUUUGCAAGGAUGCUUCUGGUGGUACACUUGAUCGAGGAAAUUAGGAAUAUGCUUCAGAAUUGGUUUAGUCAACGUCGAGAUUUGUUAAUGAAAUGUAAAUCUAUGUUGUGCCCUGAUUUAGGCGAAAAGAAAUUGAGGAAGAGAUUAGACGCUGCUUCAAGGAUGAAUGUGGUUAAAAUCAAUGAUGUGGAGUAUAAUGUGCUUGAUGGUGAUAUGAAUGGUCUCGUGCACUUGCAAAACCAUAGUUGUACGUGUAGGAAGUUUGACUUAGAGCAACUCCCAUGCAAGCAUGCUAUUGCGGUAUGUCAGCACUUGAAAUUGAACCCAUACUCAUUUGCCUCUUCGUAUUACACUCGAGCUACAUGGGCAGCUGCAUAUGUUGAAUCCAUUUAUCCUGUACCACUUCAAGGGACAUGGGUUAUUCCCAAAAAUGUCCUCCCCCCUAUUUCAAAGGUUAUGUCGGGCCGUCGUAAGAUGCAAAGAAUACCUUUUAAAGGAGAGGACUCACGAGAAAAAAAAAAAUGCUCAAGGUGCAGUGUGAAGGGCCACUAUCGAAGUACAUGCAAAGAAGCUAUCCCCAUCACUAACAAGAAGCAGAUCAUUUAG